ACGAAAAAAAAUAUCCAAUAAAAAAAUAAAUAAAUAAUCUCCCUUCACUCUAUACGCGCCUGUCGGCCUUCGCGUAUACGUUGUGUACUGUUGUGUUUGUUGUUAUCUUGAAUUAACUAAAUUUUUAUGUUAAACCGGUGAUAUGGAAUAUUUCAGCAUACACAUAUGUACAUACAUGCAUAUACUUGCGAAAUAAUUGGGUUACUAAGAUAAGCCGCCAACAACACUAGAGCAACCAGCAGACUCUGAAAAUUUAAUAUUGAUGGCAAGAUUAUUUAUUAAAUGUUUGCCAUCACAAAUUAUAAAUAAAAAAAAAAACGCUUUAACUGAAAAACAAAAACAACGCCGGAAAGUGCGCAUCAGCAGCAGUAGCCAUUUCUACAUUUGACGCAAAUUAAUUGCCUUCGAAGUGGACCAAACUAAAAACAACAUUACCGUUAUUUAAACGCAAAGUCAAAUUUCAAAUUUCUCAAAAAUGUUUACGCCGCAGCGACAAUGUCAACAGUACACUUGACAUACACCAACAACAAGUAUAGCGAAUGCGUUGGUGACGCUUAAAAAGUGCGCAAAUUAGAAAAGAAAAAAGUGUUGAAAGACAAAAUAAAAACAAAAUACAUUAAAAGUGAAAAACAAUUAGUACGCAGACAAGAAAAUAUUGAAAAUUUAAAAAAAAAAUAAAUUAAUUAAAUUUUUUUUUCGCAAAAGAGACGCUACAGCGGGAGGCGAGUGAAAAAAAAAUACAAAAACAAUUUUUUCUUUUUCCUUUUUUUGCUUUCGUUGAGUUUUGUGCAGACUUUCGUUUGCCAAAAAAAAUUAACAAAAAAAAAAUAUAAAAAAAAUUAAAAAAAUUAAGGAACACAUAUAUGUUUAUAUAUACAUAUGUCUGUAUGUACUUCGAAGGAAAUAAAUAAAUAAUUUUUCACAAUUACCCAAUACGCACACUCGUGAGCGAUAAACUACUACUUGCCGCAUGUGGAUUCUAUCGGUUUUUGUGAUUCUGCCAAAGACGUUGUGGACGACAACAACGACGACGACGACGCCAACGCCACAACCGCAGCUGACGCCUUGCAAAAGUGCAACUAAAUUCAAAGCGAAAUUUCUCAGACGACACGCGCUAGCGGCAGCAGCAACAGCAGCAGCAGCAGCAGUAGCAAAAUUAAAUAGAAAAUAUUUAUUAUUAACAAUUCAAGUAGGGCACACAAUACAAUCCAACAGCCGCAGUCGUAAAAGUGGUGUAGCCGCGUGUGCAGCUGCUGUAGCCUUUAGAUCAAAGCAAUAUUUUAACCGCCAAUUAAGAGACGUCGAGUGUGUGGCGCGUUCGGAACGCAACUCAUACAACUCAGCAGCGCCAACAGUGUUAACACCGUUAUUGUUGGUGUCCCUUAUUGCACUUGUACUUAUUUUCAUCAGCAUCAUCAUCAAUAUCAUCAUUGUCACCAACAUCGUCAUCGUCAACACCGUAAACGUUCAGCCAUAUUUCCGCCGCUGCCUGCACAACGCUGUGAUAUCGACGGGAUUAGCGUUCUUAAUGAAUGACAUUCGCCAACAAACCACUUGUAAGCCAAUAAUAGUAGCAACAACAACAGCAACAACAAUAGUAAAAACAGUAAUUGAAAAAUUAAUAGAAUUUACCGUAACAAAAGCGUCAUUAUUCAAAGCUAUUAGAACAGUGUUCGAAAGUAACAGAAAUAACAGUAAUAGAAAUAAAAACAGUGUCAACAACAACAAUAAACAACCAAAAACUUUGUCAAGCAGCGCUCAAACAACAACAAAUAACAAUAAAAAGAACAACACCAACACCAACACCAGUGAGGCCGCCAACAACACUCCCACAAACCCACUCUAUCGCCAAGUAGACGGUGUACGUCGCUUCGCAACAGCAUCAUCAACAUCACUACAACCAACCUCGGGCUCAUCUUUGUCCUUAUCCUCGUCCUUGUCGCAUUGUAAUAACAACAACAUCACGGUGGCCGCCCUUGUUAUAUUGCGUUUUUUAUUCAAUAAUAACUCGUUCACGUCGAACAAUCAUCGUACUUACAAUAAUAGCAGUAAAUCGAAUAAAGUCUUUCUACACUAUACACCACGUGAUCCGCGUUUAAGAAGAACAAGAAACGAUAGUAAAAUUAAUUAUUAUAAUAAGAGUAAACAGGAAAUUCAUAUAAAUAAACAUCAUUUUGAUAGUGUUAGUGAGUUGAAAAUAACUGAAGAUUUAUGCGCUUAUGGUGAGUUAAUUGGAGGUUCCUUUUAUAAUACAACUGCAACAAAUACAACAACAACAACAACACGAAAACUUAUAAUAAUAAUAAUUAAAGUAAUGAACUUUCAAGCAGCGCAAAAGCACAUAGAAACUAGUCAAGAAGGACAAGAGUCGAGGGAAGCAGCAAAGCAGUUCUUAAGUCGAGUUAAGAACAGUGCACCAUUCCUGCCUACUUUUCUCUGUUAUGUUGCCCCUUCACCUGAUCCUUCCGACGCAGUGGAAGUCUUUUCUGCCACCGCCAGUGGCGGUUCCUACAUCGAAUUCUUUCAGAGCUGGAGUGUUAUCAUCCAUUCAUGUCCUAGCAAGCGUAACCGCGGUCUCUUCAUACGCCGGGCUAUGUCAUCUAGUAAAGCUCUUUAG